ACUCCUUGCGUUCACACUGCACCUUUUCACACCAUUUUCCUUACACUUUUCGACCCUCCAAAAAAAAAAAAAAACCCAAAUUUUUAACAAUUUCUUUCCUAUUUCGGCUCUUUUUUGUUUCUUUUCUUCGUCCUGGAUGAAACUCUCUGCUCUGAAAACCCAAAGAACGAUUUUAUCUUCUUCACUCUUUCCUCCAAAAUGAAUAACGGCGACAAUUACAAGCGGCGACGAAAGGAGAUUUCCGACGAAGAUGGUUACGAUGACGAAGACGAUAGCUGUUCCAGUGAUCAUGAAACCAAGAAGAAAGAUUUGAAUGGUAUUAUCACUUCGUUACUGUUGCUUGAAGAGCAAGAAAAGCGAGACCUUGAAGAGCAAAACGAAGCAUCCGAUGAAGAGAAAUCGAUUUUGGAGUCAACUCACAAGAGAAAAACUCGAACCAUGUUCGAAUUUUACUCCAACCUCCAAGAUUACUGCUCCGAAAUCGAUGAAACCGAUCGUAUAAUGAGGAAGAAGUCCCGCACCAUGGCGGCCUCAGUCGCUGCCGUUUCCGUUAACCACAUGGAAAACCAAUCACCCAACAACCAUAACAAACAAUCCGGGUCGGGUCAGCAGAGGCGGUUAUGGGUGAAGGACAGAUCGAAUGCUUGGUGGGACGAGUGUAACCAACCCGAUUACCCGGAAGAGGAAUUCAAGAAGGCGUUUAGGAUGAGCAAGUCAACGUUCGAUAUCAUUUGCGAAGAGCUCAACUCCGUUAUCGCCAAAGAAGACACCACUCUAAGGAACGCGAUCCCCGUUAAGCAAAGAGUGGCGGUUUGCAUUUGGCGGUUAGCCACGGGUGAACCGUUACGGCUCGUUUCGAAACGGUUCGGUUUAGGUAUAUCGACAUGUCAUAAAUUGGUCCUCGAAGUCUGUUCGGCAAUUCGCAGUGUUUUGAUGCCGAAAUAUUUACAGUGGCCGGACGAGGAUUCGUUGCGGAAAAGAAAAGAAGAGUUCGAGGGCGUUUCGGGGAUACCAAACGUGGUCGGAUCAAUGUAUACGACUCAUAUCCCGAUUAUAGCACCGAAAAUAAGCGUGGCGGCGUACUUCAAUAAGAGACAUACCGAACGGAACCAGAAAACCUCGUACUCGAUAACCGUACAAGGUGUGGUCGAUCCUAGGGGAGUUUUCACGGAUGUUUGUAUUGGGUGGCCAGGUUCGAUGGACGAUGAUCAAGUGUUGGAAAAAUCAGCUUUGUGUCAAAGGGCAAAUGGGGGAUUAUUGAAAGGACUUUGGAUUGUUGGGAGUUCGGGGUAUCCGUUAAUGGAUUGGGUUUUGGUUCCUUACACACAACAGCAUUUGACUUGGACACAACAUGCCUUCAAUGAAAAGAUUGGGGAGAUUCAAAGGGUUGCUAAGGAAGCGUUUGGGAGAUUGAAAGGGAGAUGGUGUUGUUUGCAGAAAAGAACAGAAGGGAAGUUACAGGAUUUGCCCGUUGUAUUAGGAGCAUGUUGUGUUUUGCAUAAUAUUUGUGAAAUGAGGAAUGAAGGACUUGAUCCAGACUUGAAAAUUGAGCUGGUUGAUGAUGAGAUGGUCCCUGAAGUUGCUUUGAGAUCGGUAAGUUCGAUGAAAGCUAGAGAUGCUAUUGCUCAUAACCUUUUACAUCAUGGUCUUGCUGGCACUGCUUUUCUGUAAUUUACAAAACGAAGUUGGAAACUUACUAUUUGUUCCUUUUAAAGAUUAGAAAUUCAUUUUUUUGCAAUGUAGUAUAACAUUAUUGUACGGAUUAAUUGAAAAUUUGUUUGAAGGGGAUGUGUAAAAUUAUAAAUUGUCCCCUCACAGAAAUGGAAUGGAGUUGCAGUU